AAACCAGCAGGAGCCCCACUCCUGUCCUCCUGAACCGCUGCCGGAGCCUCCGUACGGGGACUGAACCGGGACGGAUUUGGACUAGGAUUGGGCUGCAGGCGGGGGAUGCUGAUUGGCUGAGGAGCCUCUGAUCCUGGUUUUUACGUGUGUUUGGACUUUGAUGGACGUCAGGACGGACUGAUCUGGACCUGCUGGGAGGUGACGGGUCUGCGGUCUCCAACAGCUUCAGUCGUUCCAGCUGAGAUGGGCUGUCUGGGAGGACAGACGGAUGAAGAACGGUUGGAUGAAAAAGCAAAGAGAGAAGCCAACAAGAAGAUUGAGAAACAGCUGCAGAAGGAGAGACAGGCCUACAAAGCUACACACAGACUGCUGCUGUUAGGUGCAGGAGAAUCAGGUAAGAGCACCAUUGUGAAACAGAUGAGGAUUCUCCACGUGGAUGGCUUCAAUGCUGAAGAGAAACAGCAGAAGGUUCAGGACAUCAGAAAAAACGUAAAGGACGCCAUAGUGACCAUUGUCACGGCCAUGAGCACGCUGACUCCACCCGUCCCUCUGGGUAACCCUGAUAACCAGUUCAGGAUGGACUACAUCAGGGGCAUCGCGCCGCUGUCUGACUUUGAGUACACAGAGGACUUUUUUGAGCAUACUCAGAAGCUGUGGGAGGACGAGGGUGUGAAAGCAUGCUUUGAACGAUCAAAUGAAUAUCAGCUGAUUGACUGCGCUCAGUACUUCCUGAACCAGUUGGAGUCUGUCAGGAAGACGGACUACACGCCUACAGACCAGGAUUUGCUGCGCUGCAGAGUUCUAACUUCGGGGAUUUUUGAAACCAGGUUCCAGGUGGACAAAGUCAACUUCCAUAUGUUUGAUGUAGGUGGACAGAGGGAUGAACGCAGGAAGUGGAUUCAGUGUUUUAACGAUGUGACAGCCAUCAUCUUCGUCGCUGCCAGCAGCAGCUACAACAUGGUGAUCAGAGAGGACAACUCAACCAACCGACUGCGAGAAUCACUAGAUCUCUAUAAAUCCAUCUGGACCAACCGGUUUCUGAAGACGAUCUCGGUCAUCUUGUUCCUGAACAAACAGGACGUGCUGGCGGAUAAGAUUCUGGCAGGAAAAUCUAAACUAGAAGACUAUUUUCCUGAAUAUCAGAACUAUCAAGUUCCUCCUGAUGCUGUUCCAGAUGCUGAAGAAGAUCCUAAAGUGACCAGAGCCAAGUUCUUCAUCAGGGACGAGUUUUUGCGGAUCAGCACGUCGAGCGGUGAUGGGAAACAUUACUGCUAUCCUCACUUCACCUGCGCCGUGGACACGGAGAACAUCCGCCGUGUCUUCAACGAUUGUCGUGACAUCAUCCAGCGCAUGCACCUGCGGCAGUACGAGCUGCUCUGAUUGGCUGCUGGCCCUGGCACUGUCCAUCCUGGAACAACCCAAGGAGCCAUCUGAAGAAGUUAGCUGGCUUGUGACAUCUAUUCAGGGCUCAUAGUUGAUCAACACAGCCAGACCCUCAGAAUUCAUAUUUUUGUGAUUGGUUACAUGUGUUAUUAGUGAUUUGCAUUUGCGUAUGUCUGUUUGUUUGCAUGUCAUUCCUUCUUUACCGCU